AUGUCUCUUGAGAUGGAAAGCCCUACUGAAGUCAUGAACAACGAGCUUGUCCCGGUGGACCCACAACCCCAUGAACCCAUGAAUUCAGAGAUGCAGAUUGACAAUUUGGAGAGACAAAUCAUCAACACAGAGACACCAGCCAACAACAUUGAGGGACAAUCCACUAGGCGUAGGAAAAAGAAGUCAAUAGUUUGGGAACAUUUCACUAUUGAAACCGUUGGUCCUGGUACUAGAAGGGCAUGCUGUAAACAAUGCAAGCAGUCAUUUGCAUACAGCACAGGCUCUAAGGUAGCUGGCACAAGUCAUCUCAAGCGGCACAUAGCCAAGGGAACUUGCCCAGUUGUCUUGCGUAAUCAGGAGAAGAACCAAUCAACCCCAUACAGUGCCCCUUCAAAGACGGGCACAUAUUCUGAUGCGCCAAAACGACGUUACAGAACUGCCAGCGUACCUUACUUUGCAUUUGAUCCAGAUCGGUGCCGACACGAGAUUGCUAGAAUGAUUAUUAUGCACGACUACCCCCUUCAUAUUGUUGAACAUCCUGGUUUUGUGGCAUUUGUUCAUAAUCUUCAACCUCGUUUUGACAUGGUGAGCUUCAACACUGUACAAGGGGAUUGUGUGGCAACCUAUCUUAGGGAAAAGCAAAACAUUCAGAAGGUGUUUGAGGGGAUUCCUGGGCGUAUCUGCCUUUCACUGGACUUAUGGUCCUCAUGCCAAACUAUGGGCUACAUGUUCGUAACUGGGCAGUUCAUUGAUAGCGAGUGGAAAAUGCACCGUAAACUCCUCAAUGUCAUAAUGGAACCGUAUCCUGAUUCAGAUGCUGCUUUCAGUCAUUCUAUUGCUGCUUGCCUUUCUGAUUGGAGUAUGGAUGGCAAGUUAUUUUCUGUUGCCAUCAAUCAACCACUGAGUGAUGCCGCAGUUGAUAACCUUAGAGCUCUACUCUCCGUUAAGAAUCCCCUUAUUCUUAAUGGUCAAUUGUUGGUCGGAAAUUGCCUUGCUCGAUCUCUAAGCAGCAUAGUCCAAGAAGCACUAACUUCUGUGGAGGGAAUUGUUAAUAAAGUCAGAGAUAGUGUCAAGUAUGUGAAAACUUCAGAUUCGCGUGAGGAAAAGUUUCUCGAGCUUAAACAGCAACUUCAAGUGCCAAGUGCAAAGAGCCUUGCUAUUGAUGACCAAACUCAGUGGAACACAACUUACGAAAUGUUGUUGGCUGCAUCGGAGUUAAAGGAAGUCUUCUCUUGUUUGGACACUUCUGAUCCUGAUUACAAGGAUGCCCCGUCGAUGGAAGAUUGGAAGCAGAUUGAGACUCUGUGUACAUACUUGAAGCCCCUUUUUGACACUGCCAAUCUCUUGACAACUCCAACUAUGCCAACAACGAACACGUUCUUCCAUGAAGCAUGGAAGAUUCAGUUGGAAUUGGCACGUGCAGGGGCAAGCGAUGACCCUGUGAUCAGCAGCCUGACCAAGUUAAUGCAGGAGAACUUUGAUAAAUACUGGAGGAGUUGCUGCUUUGUCUUAGCAAUGGCAGUAGUUAUGGAUCCACGAUUCAAAAUGAAGCUUGUUGAAUUUAGUUUUUCCAAAAUAUAUGGUGAAGAGGCUGCCUCAUACGUGAAAAUUGUGGAUGAGGGAAUCCAUGAGCUUUUCCUGGAAUAUGUGGCUCGUCCUCUGCCUCUAACUCCCGCUUAUGCUGAAGAAGCGAAUGGGAUGACUAUGAAGUCAGAGGAUCCCCAAGGAAUUGGACUCGCGAGCAAUGGUCUAGGACUUGCUGAUUUUGAUGUAUUUAUCAUGGAGUCUACAAGCCAGCAGUCGAGAUUUAGUUUGGUGGAAUGUGUUCUUCCUCUCAACACUGUUCCAUGCUGCACCUUGGCAGUUGUACACUCCAAGUACUCCAGUAUGCUUGUUGAUGUUCCAUAUCUUCAACAGCAAACAUUUCAAAACCUAGCAACUGAGAGAAGCUUUUCUUAUCCAUCUGCUCCAGCAUUCAAUAAAGGAACAUCGAUUUUGAGUGUAGCCAAGGGGCGGAGCAGACCCAAAAUUAGAUGUUUCCUUCUUCUCAAAUACAAAUCGAUCCCUGUUCUUGGUUCUUACCUCUCAGUCGGACUCCACUCCAGCCUGCGAUUGGGCAGGCGACUCCACUCCAAUCUGGUAAGGACAAUUGACAUUUUGGAUUAA